ACAGUUCUUAUCUGUUAUAGGAUUCCAUAUGUGAAAACCUUCAACUGGUAUUUGCCCAGCACAGUUCAACACCGGGUGAAAAAGGACGCAUCACUCUGCGCAUGCACUUGCCAACUUCUGCCCCAGCAGGUGGAGUGUUUGUGUUGGGAAGUAACUACAGUGGGAGGAACUCGGGGGCCUCCAGCAUGCGCGAGAUCGAGUGUCUGCAUUCUGAGAGCAACACGCAGAUGAAUGCUGGGAGAGAAACACUCUUAGAUCAGCCCUUCAAGGAAAGCAGUACAAGUGUUUUAGGUUGAAAGCGGGGCCACCGUUACUGUUAUAAUGGCGGCUGGACGAGACCAAGUCAUUCGCCUAUUAAGGCAACUGCAGCGAGCUUCGUGCAAGUGCCCAGCCCAUUCUCACACUUAUUCUCAAGCUCCAUCAACCGGAAACACAACAGACUAUGCAUUUGAGAUGGCUGUUUCAAAUAUCAGAUACGGAGAAAAUGUAACCAAGGAGGUUGGCAUGGACCUGCAGAAUCUAGGCGCGAAGAAUGUCUGUGUGAUGACCGAUAAGAACCUAGCUGAGCUUUCUCCAGUAAAGGCUGUGCUAAAUUCACUAGCAAGGAAUAAUGUCCACUUCAGUGUAUAUGACAAUGUCAGAGUGGAACCAACUGAUAAAAGCUUUAUGGAUGCUAUUCAGUUUGCCAGGAAAGGCUCCUUCGAUGCCUACGUUGCUGUCGGAGGGGGUUCUGUGAUGGACACCUGUAAGGCCGCUAACUUAUACGCAUCCAGUCCUGACGCCGACUUCCUAGACUAUGUCAAUGCUCCGAUCGGAAAGGGAAAAGCAGUGACUGUGCCCCUUAAACCUCUCAUUGCCGUUCCAACUACAUCUGGGACUGGAAGUGAAACCACUGGAAUAGCCAUAUUUGAUUAUGAAGAACUGAAAGCCAAAACAGGCAUUGCAUCCAGAGCUAUUAAGCCAACGUUGGGUUUGAUUGACCCUGUACACACGCUUCACAUGCCUGAGAGAGUAGUUGCUAACAGCGGUUUUGAUGUAUUGUGCCAUGCGCUCGAGUCCUACACUGCCCUCCCUUAUCAUAUGCGCAGUCCCUGCCCUACUAACCCUAUUGAACGUCCUGCGUACCAGGGUAGCAACCCUAUCAGCGAUGUGUGGGCUAAACAUGCAUUGAGGAUUGUGGCCAAGUAUCUAAAAAGGGCUGUAAAGAGUCCUGAUGACCGUGAAGCUCGUUUCUCCAUGCACUUGGCCAGCUCAUUUGCUGGCAUUGGCUUUGGAAAUGCGGGAGUGCACUUAUGCCACGGGAUGUCGUACCCUAUUGCAGGCCUAGUGAAGAGCUACCGAGCCAAGGAUUAUAAUGUGGAACACCCAAUAGUGCCCCACGGCCUAUCAGUGGUUCUCACAUCUCCAGCUGUGUUUUCUUUUACCGCCUCAAUGUGUCCGGAGCGCCACUUGGAGGCAGCAGAGAUACUGGGAGCCGACAUCCGGACGGCUAAAAUCAAAGAUGCUGGGCUUAUCUUGGCAGACACCUUAAGGAAAUUCCUGUUUGACCUGAAUGUCGAUGAUGGUUUGGCGGCUGUAGGAUACACUUCAGCUGAUAUUCCUGCUUUAGUCAAAGGAACUUUGCCUCAGGAACGUGUGACAAAGCUGUCUCCUCGACCACAUUCUAUAGAAGAGCUUUCUGGUUUAUUUGAGGCUUCCUUGAAACUGUAUUAGUCUAGCACGUUGCACAAUACCAUACAGAGCAGUUCUAUUGAGAUUUUAGUUACAUGGCGCCUCUAUGCCAGCAGCAUCCUGUAAUUUGUACAAUAGGAACAAUAGGUUCUCAGCGCGAUCCCGCACAAUUCAUCCGUGCAUUUUUAUAAGCUGCUUGGUGGUGCUUUUUAUGUAGAUGUACCAAAAAUAAAACUGUGAUCUCAAC